AACCGCUGAAUUAUCGUCUCUAUAUCUCAUCCGCUAAUUAUGGCGGCACUGAAACCACUACCCUCCACUCCUUCCCUCCCUCGCUCACCAUAUUCCACCCUCUCUUACCCACUCUCAUUCCCUAGAUUUCCUGCAACUACAAAUACCCAUGUUCCUCUAUAAUAUUUUGUAGAAACAUGGCUGACUUGGAGACCUCUCUAUCUCUGUCUGGUCUCUUGUGUCAAGAAGAUGAAACUUCUUGUUUCAAUCAAAGUGAAGCCGACUAUAAUUGUUGUUAUGACAUGAACAUUGAUUCUUGUUUUGUUUUGGAGAAUGAUGAGAUUGAUUACAUUGAGAAAAUGUUUGAAAGGGAGAUGAGUUUAGGAUAUACAACUUAUAUACUCUCCUCCCAGCAUUGCCCAACCACCAGUUUUAACUGGUUAAAAUGUGCACGCUUGGAUGCUGUUGAAUGGAUUUUCAAUACCAGAGCUAUCUUUGGAUUUCGGUUCCACACAGCUUAUCUUUCAGUGACUUACUUUGAUCGGUUUCUUUCAAAAAGAUCCAUUGAUGAUGGGAAAUUGUGGGCUAUUCGAUUAUUGUCCGUGGCUUGUUUGUCAUUAGCAGCAAAGAUGGAGGAAUGCAGAGUUCCACCCUUAUCACAGUAUCCAGUGGAAGAUUAUUUCUUUGAAAAUAAAGCGAUUCAAAGAAUGGAGUUGCUGGUAUUGAAUACCUUGGAGUGGAAAAUGGGUUCAAUCACUCCUUUUUCUUAUCUACAUUACUUCAUCAGUAAAAUCUGUGGCGAAUCUAGACCCAAGGAAACAAUCUCUAGAGUUGUGGAACUUAUUUUGGCACUCAUAAAAGAGACUAAUUUGCUGGAUCAUCGACCAUCUAUUGUAGCAGCGGCUGCAGUAUUAGCUGCAUCUGAUAAUCAAUUAACAAGACAAGAAUUGGAGCUCAAGAUGAAAGCAAUUUCAUCAUGGGGUUCUUUAGAAAAUGAGCAUAUAUUUUCCUGUUAUAUUGUAAUGCAGGAAAUAGAAAUGGGAAAUCUUAAGACACCAAAGCAAUUGCUUUCACCUAAAACAUCAUCAAUCCAUUCUAGUUCUUCAAUUGCUGUUGUUGAGAAUUCUUGCUUCACUACCCCCGGAGCUGGCACUAAAAGAAGACUUACAUACAAUGACUCUGAUCUAAAUUGUCCGGUAAAGAAUAUCUGUCAUCGCUUAUAAUCAGUGAAUUUGAUACUACUUAAGGGGAACUGAAUUGGGUUCAUUGGUUGGAAUAUAGGAUUAUCAUUAUUGCUGUUUUCUUUCUAUGAAAACUGAUCAUUACUACUUAAGUUGGAUUAUAGGUCUAAUGAAUGUUGUUAUGUGGCAUUUAUGGAAUGAUUUUGGAGUUGAUGAUUGGGGUUCCAUUUUCCAAUACCCAACAAAAAGUUCCAGCCAAAUGACAACCCAAGAAGAGGAUAGAGAAAAAAGGGAAAGUAAAUAAAUAAGAAAGGGAUAGCUUUAACCAACAGUAAGAAGAAGUAAAGAAGCUGAGCCAAGAGAGAAUGCCAGAAGGCCACUGAAGACUCUGUCUAUAGCAUUCUUUGUAUUGUUUCCUUUGAUGAAUAUCCCACUGUUGCUUGCCACUUUUUCCCCCCUUCAAGAACUUGUAUUUCUUUAUCAUCUUUCUUUUUCCUUUUAUUUUAUUUUCAAAAUUUUGUAACAAAGAUAUAUGUGUUGAUCUAUACAUCCAUUGCCACCCUAGCUUUUGAGGAGGGGGGUCUUGGGAUGCUUCUUAUGUCUUUCAAAAAGGCUGAAGACCAUGAGGAAUGAAGAAUUGAUUUUAUUUGAUUUGAUA